ACGGUACUCGUUAAAAUGAAGGUACCGGAGGAGGAAUCCAUGAGUGACAUUUUGAAGCGGCUGACGGGCGAGUCCGCGCUCCCUGUCUACUGCAACAUCGAGAAGUUCAAACGAGGACGGGACAAUUUAUACUUCGUCGCCGAGGACUUCAGCGAAACUGUGAAAAAACGAGAGUUGGUCAACGCCAAGGAACGAAUGAGAAUCAGGAACUUGAAUACCAUGUUCUCCCGCUUGAAAAGGAUGGUGCCACUGAUGCGACCAGACCGAAAGCCCAGCAAAGUGGACACACUCAAAGCUGCCACAGAAUACAUUCGACUGCUGCUUGCAGUUUUGCAGGAAACUGACAGUGAUGAUGGCAGUGGGACUGAUUUCUUAAAGAAUGCAAUCACCUACAGUCAGACUGAAGGCCUUGGUAGUGACCUUUGGCGAGUGGAUGAUUUGCUGAGCAUGUCAGAGGAACAAAUUGAUGAUGGAUUCACUUUGCCCCCUGAACCGGUGACAGACAAUGGAGAGAUGACCAGACUGAUGUUGCAGCACUGUGUGAUGCCAACAUACCAGUUCAUCAUCCAAGUAGCUCCUGAUCAGCCUGCGACAUCUCAACCCUGCUAA